AUGAAUAAUGUGUUCUUGUUUCUCACGGUAAUUGCAUUAGGAAGUGCCAAAGGAAACUAUGAUACACCAAAUCAAAAAGAUCGUCAAUUUAACAGCAAUGCAAUAAUACGGCAGCUUUUCGAAAUGCUUAAAUUUUUCAUAAAAAAUGGUUCCCCUGAAAAAGACUUACCGGUUCUGGACCCUUCGCAUUUAAAUUAUUUAGAAGUAGAGUUUUCUUCGCCGGCGAAUAUUUUAAGUUUACACGCUGCAUUUGCUAACGUAGUUUUGAGUGGGCUUGGAGAUUACCAACUCCUAAGAACAGAGUUUAUAAGGGAAGAAAUUGCGUCUGAAUUAUGUUUAAGUUUUCCGGACAUCGUAUUUAAAGCAGGACAUUAUGAAAUGCAGGGCGGUUUCUACGAAUCUGUACCUAUAACUGGAAUGGGUAGAUUUGAAUUCGACAUUCGUAAUUUAACAUUUUGCGGCAAAACUUUCUUAAGGCAGUCGGAUGACGAAAAGUCAAUAUUAAUAAAAAAAAUCACAAAUCCUAGCUUCAGCAUAGAUCGAAUUAAAUCACAGAUAGAGUUCGACGGGACCAUAGACGACAUCGUCAACGCAAUGAUCAACGAGCUGCUAGCUGACUACCUCACCCGAUUCAACAGAUUAAUUGCUAAAAACUACGUUGAUACAGUAAUUGUCAAAUUAAAUCCAUUUUUAAAUAGAUUUGAAUCAAUGCGAUUGCUAUUGACGCUUGUGUUAUGUGGGAUUGUAGCGGCCGCUCCGAAUUCUGAAAAACGUGAUCUUAUUGUUGAUGAAUCUCCACAAGACUUUACAGUGCAAAAUCGCAACGUACUAGUAAACAUUUUGAUACGCCAGUUCUUUACUUUCCUCCGCAAUGUCAUCAAUAAUGGAUUCGAUAUCCUCAAUAUCCCACCACUGGAUCCGCUGAAAUUGGAUCAUUUUCACCUGGUCGUACCGGCUGGACUUAUAAACCUUGACUUGGAGCUUAAGGAUGCGUUAGUGGCUGGUAUUGGUGGAUUUGUCGUACACAAAAGUGAUUUGCAACUGUCAGAUCUGUCAUUUGAUAUCGACAUCUCAGUUCCUCGGCUGGACAUUAGUACUGACCAAUACGACCUCGCUGGUGACAUCUUAACUGCUAUACCUAUUUAUGGAAACGGUAAGGCAGAGUUUGUGGUUGAAGGAUUCAGAUUUAAAGCAAAACUGUUCUUGAAACAAUCGGACGAUGAAAAAUCUGUGAUUAUCGACAGGAUAGAAGGUGCAACUUUCGAUCUUCCUUCUCUUAAGUCCAACAUAUGUGGAGUCAUAGGGGGAGGAGACAUCGACGCCAUCGUCAACGCGAUUGUGGAGGAAGUGUUGGUAGAUUACGCGAUUCGGUUCCGCGGUGCUAUCUCCAAGCUCGCCGUCCGCGCCGUCAUCGCUGUCGGAAAUCCUAUCCUGGAACAGCUCGACACUUGGCGAUUCAUCGAACCUUUAUUGCCUAGCUAAAUAAAGAACUUCAGCAAUAAACACUAUGGCUUCACGGCAUUCCACCUUGUGCAAAGCCACGCGUGUUAAGUAAAGUCUUAUAAUCUAAAGAACCUAAUCCAAACGUGCAGUUGGGUUUGGUAAAUUGUGUUUCUCAGAGUAGAAAGUUAACCUAACCACUAAAUUUUUAUUUUACAACACAUGUGGGUUCGCGUUGUAAGUAUAGUGCUAUUUUGUGAACAUAUCGAGCCUUUACCGCUAUUACAGCCGUAAAGAUCGAUAUCAUGUACCCGUAACAUUACUUUUUAUAUAUUAAUGUAUUAAAAUAAUUAUAAGACUUUUUAAAGAUUUAUUUGCAGGCAAGAUACAUUUUUCUAUAGGCAAGUUGGUAUUUUAUUUUCCUAUCUUUAUUUUAAGCGAACCCAAACUUGUUGUGGCAAGGGAAUCGUGAUUUCAGCCAUUCAUAUUUUAAAAAAAUAUUUGAUUAGGUCUCUAGAUGUUAGCGGGCUGAACUUUUAGGGGUAUAGCAGUAAUAUUACAACCAAAACCCCGGGUAACCUACCCGGGGUUUUGGUUUACGCGGCAUCGUACCGGAACGCUAAAUCACUUGAUCGGGUGCUUGUUUAUAAUGGUAGUACCUACCUACUUUUACGACAUUUUACUAUUCACAAUUCUGGCCUGCUUACUUAAAUGACGUACCUACCUAAUAAAUUAACAGAAGGAAAUAUAUUAAGUACAACAUAGGUAUCACAAUUUUUAAUAGGUAGAUAAGUAGGUUGGUCCAAUGCUGUACACAAUUUUUUCAUUACUAGUUAUUAGGUAUGAAGCAUAUUUUUAAAUAAAAUAAG